AUGUUAGACGUCAUGACUACUCUCGUAGGAGUCGAAUCGGCUUAUUUAUUGUAUACUUCUUAUACAGGUGUAGGGAUGUUCAGUGAGAUUGUAAGAUAUGAUACUAGAUGGAUAUAUGGGGAAAUGAUAAGGUUGAGUAGUAGUGGAAAGUGUUUAUUUGGGAAUCAAGAAGUUUUAUGUUCAGAAACUAGAGGUGUUUUAAGUGGUGCAGUUGAUCUCGCCCCAUGGGUUGGUGCCGCAUGUCAAAUAUUUUACUCCCUCACACUUUUCUUCACCCUCGUCAGUGCAUAUUGGUACACUGCCGCCUACCGAAGAUGGGGUAGUACCCAAGUUCUGAGAGAAGUGAGAUGGUUCGUUCUGACAGUGAUGGGAUUCUCAUUAUUGUCGGGAUUCAUAGCUUCAUCACUCGGAUUAGCCGUUUUAUUCCCACCUUUACUCAACCCGACUAUGAAAGGGUUGAUCAACGUCCAAGUUGGUUCAGGAGAGAUCAUCUUGAUGCUUGUUUUACUUGGGGUGGGAUACUUGAGUUUCGGGUUUUAUAACGUUUCGAAAGAAGCUUUGGAUAUUUUGAAUUCUGAAGGUCAAGUGAGAUUAGAAGUAGAUGAUGAAGAUACACCAUUACUAUCUUCGUACGAGAAAGAAGAAGUGUGA